AUGCCAAAUAAUUUGGAGGCGCUGCAGAACAUUUCAGCUGAGUGUCGGUCUCUUGUUGCUCUCAGCCGGAAGAGAGGCGGGCUGCUCUGGUUUAGUGAGCGGGGCGGACUGACGUUUGUGGGCGGGGCUGCAGCUGUUACCCAGCACACCCGGAUCUCUGCGCGAGACUCCGCGCCUCGGCUGCAGCGCGUGAUGGAGGUGCGGCAGAGAGAGAGGGACGGGGAGGGGGGGCGCGUUGGGAGUAAGAAGGAAAGUGACCAGAGCUGGAUUCCCAAGAUCCUGAAGAAGCGAGUUUGUACCACUUUUGUUGAAGACUCUUUCAGUUAUGGAGCGCUGUGUCAGUGUGGUGGUGGGCGGCAGGCACACGAUUCUGUGGCAACCGGGGACUUCUUUGGAGCGGCCAUCGUCACUCAGUGGGACAGCAGGCAGCACUCUUCAGAGUAUCCCACCGACGCCUACGGGGAACUGGAGUUUGCCGGCGCUGGAGGCAAACACAGUCAUUUUCUGCGUCUGUCGAAUGACACAUCGCCCCAGAUCGUCUACACCCUGAUGAUGACUCACUGGGGCCUGCCUUUACCCAAUUUGGUGGUGUCGGUGGUGGGGGGGGAAGGCCAUGAGAAGAUUAAAACAUGGGUGAGAGAUGUCCUCAGAAACGGGCUGGUGAGGGCUGCACAGAGCACAGGGGCCUGGAUCCUAACGGGGGGUCUGAAGGAGGGCGUGGCCCGCUGUGUGGGUGAGGCGGUGAGGGACCACGGGGCCGCGGCUCCAGCUAUCUCCAGAAAGAAAGUGAUUGCCGUGGGGCUGGCACCCUGGGGCCUGGUGCACAACCGGCAGCAGCUCGUCAAUGCCAAGGGCAGUUUUCCCGCUCGAUACUCCGUCCAGGACACAUCCUGCUGCCUGGACAACAACUGCCAGGCUUUCCUCCUGGUGGAUGACGGGAGUGUCGGCCGGCGGGGCGGAGAGACGGCCUUUCGUGGAAAUCUGGAGGACUACAUUUCCCAUCAGCGCACCGGCAUUUGGGGUAGUGGCAGUAUUGAAAUCCCGGUGCUGUGUAUGCUCAUCUCAGGAGACGCCAACAUGCUGGAGAGAUUAGAUGUCUCUCUGAGGAAAGCCACGCCCUGGCUGGUUCUUGCUGGAUCUGGUCCUGCCGCGGACUUCAUCAGUGAGCUGCUGGACUCUCUCAGUACCAGCUCUCCUCCAGCAGAGGGGGAGGCUGCAGAGAGUCUCAGCGCAGAGCUCCGCAACAAGGUCCGUGACCAGGUCCAGAGACACUUCCCAGCUGAAGCUAAGCUGGAGAAACUGGUGGAAAGUGCUCUGAGUAUUUAUCAGAACAGAGAGUUCAUCACUGUUUUCCAUGGGGAACAGGAGGGUUCUGAUGAUUUUGAUAUAGUUCUCCUCAAAGCCCUUGUUAGAGUUAGUAAACGCGUGUCCAGUGAAGCCAGUGAGUACAUCGAGGAGCUGAAACUGGCCGUGGCCUGGAACCGAGUGGACAUCGCCAAAACGGAGCUCUUUAACGGAGAUAUAGAGUGGAAGCACGAGGACCUUGAAGACUCCAUGACAGACGCACUGAUCAACAACAAGCCCCAGUUCGUACGUCUCUUCUGCGAGAACGGACUGAACAUUCUGGACUACCUGACUUACCGCCGCUUAGAAAUCUUGUACUGCUCGCUGCCGGACAGCUCGCUGGCCUACGUUCUGCUCCAGAAGCGUCUCAGCGAGAGGAAGGGCCUGGCCGGAUCCCUGCCCAACCAGCAGAGGCCUGAGACGGUGCCCCUGAAGAGUCCUCACAGUCCUCAGAGUCCACUGAGUGGACCCGCUUCAGCGAUGGAGCUCAACCUGUAUGAGGUAUCCCGCCUGCUGUGGGACCUGCUGGGUGAUGUCUGUCAGCCGUUCUACUACGGACCUUUGGGCCUGAACCCCAGCACCAGCACCAGGAUGGCUCUCAAGCAAGUCAAUCAGAUGCUGCUGGGGGAAUGUUUGUACCGGGACCAGCGCUGCCGCUCACCCUGGGCCGACCUCUUCUUCUGGGCCGUCCUGCAGAACUGCCGCGAAAUGGCCGUUUACUUCUGGGAGAUGGCAGGGGAGUCAGUGCUGAGCGCUCUGGGUGGGUGUAAGAUACUGAGGGAGCUUUCCAAGCUUGAGCAUGAGACUGAGAGCAAGCUCGCCAUGAAGGAACUGGCGCAGACGUUUGAGAACCUGGCACACGAUGUAUUUGGUGAGUGUUACCAGAGCAGCGAGAGUCGCUCCUUUACUCUCCUUAUAAGGAAGUCUCCAGUUUGGGGCGGAGCUACAUGCCUUCAGAUGGCCACUGAGGCUGACUCCCGCCUGUUCUUCAGCCACGACGGUGUUCAGUCCCUGCUCUCUCAGGUCUGGUGGGGUGACAUGGAGAGGAGUACUGAGGUCUGGAAACUGGUUCUCACCUUCUUCCUUCCCCCUCUCCUCUACACCGACCUGAUCAGCUUCAGACCACAGGAAGAGGACGAUAAGUCUGAGGAGAUCCACCACGGCAGAGACACCGACAGUCUGGAUGGAAAUGAGAACACCGUCUUUUGCCUUGCUGAUAUUAUACAAACUGAGGAUGAAGCCAAAGAGAUCAGGGCUCGAAAAGAAAGCCUGAAAGACUCUACUUCCAACUCCAAGAGACCGUUUAUCGUGUCGCGGUGGAGACAGUUCUGGUUCAGCCCCGUCAUCUCAUUUCUUGGCAACGUGCUGAUGUACUUCCUGUUCCUCUACCUGUUUGCCUAUGUUCUGUUGGUGGACUUCAAGCCCCCGUACCCCGACGGCCCGUCCACUCUGGAAUUUGUGCUUUACUUUUGGGUUUUCACCUUCGUGUGUGAAGAGAUUCGGCAGACCUUCUUUGUGGGCAGCGCCCCCAUACUCCAGAUGAUGAGGACUUACAUCCAGGACAUGUGGAACAAGUGUGAUCUCACAGCCAUUAUUCUCUUCACUUUGGCUCUGGGCUGCAGAAUGUUCCCCGUGUCAUAUAAUUUUGGACGAGCAGUCAUGGCCAUCGAUUUUAUGGUCUUCACACUACGUCUGAUCCAUAUCUUUGCGGUCCACAAACAGCUUGGGCCCAAGAUAAUCAUCCUGGGCAAAAUGAUGAAGGAUGUUUUCUUCUUCCUUUUCUUUCUGGCCGUGUGGCUCUUGGCUUAUGGAGUGGCCAAUCAGGCGCUCCUCUACUCGUAUGAUCCCCGCCCUGUUUGGAUAUUCCGCAGAGUGUUCUACAGACCAUACAUGCACAUCUUUGGACAAAUACCCAUGCAUGAAAUGGAUGUUGAUAAAUUGGUGGAAGUAGCCUGUACCAACAACGCCACACUCAUUGAAGCAGGAGAGGAGCCUUGUCUGAGCACCUACACCAACUGGCUGGUUCUCAUCCUUCUUGUCAUCUACCUGCUGUUUACCAACAUAGUAUUGGUCAACCUACUCAUCGCCAUGUUCAGCUACACCUUCUCAAAAGUACAGGAGCACAGUGACACCUAUUGGAAGUUUCAGCGUUACAGCCUGAUUAAGGAGUACCACUCAAGACCGUGCCUGGCACCACCCUUUAUCAUCUUAUCACACCUCCACCUUUUCAUCAAGAGAUGCUUCCGCCAGAUCCCCUCGGUCAAAAGCCAACACUUUGUUCUGGAGUUGCGGGGCAAGAAGGCGAGCUGUCUCGACACAUGGGAGGCUAUCCAGAAAGAAAACCUCCUCUCAGCUCAGCAUAAGCGGCAGAGGGAAAGUGACACAGUUCGAAUUAAAAGUACAUCUGUCAAGGUGGACAGUGUGCUGAAGCAGAUGGUCGAGAUCCGUGACCACGACAGAAGAUUGCGGCUGCUGGAGACGGAGCUGGAGUACUGCUGCAGUGCCCUCUCCUGGAUGACAGACGCUCUGUCUCAGAGCGAUAUGAUAAAGUCUAGUCGCCUCCCUUCUGCUCCUCAGAGAUCUGACUCGACUGUCUCUAAGCUGACCCCCUGAACUCCAGGACCACACACACACACACACACACACACACUAUACUACACUCUUCUGCUAGUCAUGUAAUGUAUUUUACUUUGUAGAAUCAGUAUGUAUGUUGUUUGUGAGAUGCAUUUUAAUUUGGACAAAUAAUAUGCUAAUGAUUUGUUUUCACAACAAGCAUACAUUGGUGUCGGCUACAGUCCUUUUUUAUCCCCAGAUGUUACCAGUUUGCCUUCAGAAUAUGUUUGCUAAAUUGAUUCAGGAAUACACAUAUCACUAUGUAUGAGAUUAAAUGCUUUUAUAUCAUUGAAACCUUUUUUAUAUUAACAAUAUAUCAAAUUGCUCAAAUGUGAACAAGGUCACUGAAUAAGAACUCUUUAGUUUCCUUCAGCUCGUCAGAUGUUUCUAGUUUUGUUGGUCAAUCCCAUGAAGCCAGAGUUCAAUCUAUAUUCAAAAUAAAGAAACAAAGCAAUAAAAUCAACGAGGGCAGAACGAAUGUCUGUUUCAAAUAGUUCCUAUCCACGUGUAUUAACUAGUUAUUAACAACAGUAUAAAUCUAAACUAAGCUGAAGACCAGGAGUCAUUAUGGGAUAUUUGACAAAUAAAAUGACAACUAAAGGUGACAAUGAGUUAAUAGUAUGUAAUAGACUAUUAGUAACAGAUAGUAAACUCAAGUGUCUAUUCCAAAUGUCUGUUUGAGCUAACAGACUAUAGAUGAAUAUAUAAAUAUAUAAAGUCAA